GGCCACCAAAAAUUUCAAAAUAGUCGUCCAGUCGGCGACUACAAAAAAAUGGGCCGUAGAUUAAAUUAUCCGCACAAUAAACGAAAAUUAAACGGCGCGCAACGGAUUUUAUCCCUAUCAAUAACGUCACAAUAUGGCUGCGUCCAUAGCGUAAAAAAAAAUCACAUUGUCCGUGGAAAAAUGUGGCGGUUUCUUGACGGUGUUAGCGAACCGAAAAAGAAAAAGCUAUCGGCCGAUGACAAAAGAAAGUACUUCAAUGAAUAUGAGAAAAAUAAACGUUCAAGAUCGUUCCUACUGGACUGGAAAAAGGAAAGACCGUGGCUUGAAAACACCGAGAACGGAAUGAAAUGCAGCUAUUGUAACGAAUAUGAAAGCAAACGUCAAUCUUUGUUCGUUCAAGGUUGUAAAAGUUAUAAAAUUGAAACAAUCAAAUUACAUGAACAGUCCAAAUCCCAUCUUAAGUGUCAGGCUUGUUAUCAUGCAAAAUGUGUGCCUGCAAGUAUGUCGGAAGCUGGGAAAUUAGUGCAAAAGUUAAAUCAUGAAAAUUUCAAGAAAAUGGCCAUUUUAUUUAGGACAGCGCACGCCCUUGCUAUACAUAACCGUCCGUUUACUGACUUUAUAUGGAUGUGUGAGCUUGACUCUGUAAAAAAUGUUAAUGUCGGUGAAACUUACAGAAAUGCAGCAGCAGCUAAAACUUUCAUAUACUAUAUUGCUAAAAAUGAAAUUACAAAAGUGUCAUCACGCAUAAGUACAUCAAAAUUUCUCUGUAUUAUUGGAGAUGGGAGCACAGAUGCCUCUGUUAAAGAGCAAGAAAUGUGGUUUGUCAGAUAUUGUAGAGAAGGCAUCAUAUCUACUGACUUUAUAGGUGUUGAUAGCUGUGACAAAGCAUCUGCUGAGAAUAUUGUAAAUGGCCUACAAAAUGUUGUUCAAACUAAUCUUUCUUAUGACUGGAAUAAAUUUCUUCUGAAAACUGUUGCCAUAUCAUGUGAUGGUGCCAGUGUAAUGGUUGGAUGUAAAGGUGGAGUUGGAGCUAUUUUAAGAAGACAACAGCCUGAUAUGAUUACGAUCCACUGUAUGGCUCACCGCCUAGAAUUAUCCCUAAAAGAUGCUGCCAAAUCAGUGAAAUUAUAUGAAAAAACUAUUAGUGUCCUUGCAAUGGGACUCUAUUAUUUUUAUCAUAAUAGUAGCCUAAAUAGAGCAAUGUUGAAAAGGAGUGAAUGUGCGCUGAAAACAGAUGAUGACAAGGGCUUAUUGCUACCAAGCAGGGUUGGAGGUACAAGGUGGAUUGGGCAUACUGCAUUGGCUUUACAAAAUAUCACAGUAUCCUAUAAAUAUAUAAUUAGCCAUCUUGGACAGUUAACAGAACCAUCUGAACGUGUGUCAACAGAUUCACGGGCCAAAGCCUAUGCUUUUUUGAAACUUCUUCAGACAAAGAGCAUUAUAUAUUUCAUCUAUUUUUUGAUAGAUGUUCUAAGUGUCUUAAAAAGAUUGUCACUAGGUGUCCAAAACAACCAGUGCUUGAUCUCCCAACAACACUCGACUAUAGAAUCAUGUUGGAAGUUCUUAGAGGAUACAAAACUAGAUUUUGGAACAGAAGACUUGCUAACUUUAAUCAGUCAUUUUCGUACUUUAUUUGAAAAAGCUGGGUUGAACUGUGAUGAGAUUGAGAUGGAGUGGAUCAUGUUGAAGAAGGCUAUUUGUGAAAACACAGCCAAGUUUGAAUCAUGGACACAAGUAAAUGAAAUAUAUGGACACCAGUAUCGGAAUAUAUUAGAUGUAAUGGAUCUUAUUUUAACUAUGAGCCCAAGUAGUGCUGAAGCUGAAAGGGGAUUUUCAUUGAUGAAAGUUCUAAAAACAAAAAUCCGAUCAACAUUGAGUCAGGGUAGUUUAAAUGACCUAUUAAUUACCAAGUUACAUGCUCCUAAAAUUGGAGAUUUUAAUCCUAGUGAGGCUGUUUAUCUAUGGAACAGUGAGGGAAACCGCACUAAAAGAGUGAACUUUAAAGACAUGUCAGCAAGUAAAAGAAAACCAACUGUGUUUACUCAAACACCAGAUGUUGUUGUUCCACAAGAGACUGAGAGCAUUGUAAUGUCUAAGCCAAUUCCUGUUUCAAAAGACUUGGAAACUGGUCCUGAAUUAGACAAAAGCAGUACCUCUAUUGUUUAUGAGGAAUCCCAACAAUCCAGUGUUUCUGUAGAGGUUCAAACAGAUCAAAUUCCUUCUGUUGAAGCCAGCACACAAACAUUUGACAAUGAACUUGUGAGCAAACAGUAUAGAUUUUCUUCAAUAACAUCAGAGGAACAAUCAAAUAAGUACUAUUCCUCAUCUGAUGAGGCCAGUGACUAUUCUGAUAUUGACUCAGACUUGGAGGAAGAUAUUGUGUUUUCAAAAUUGUUGGACUUAAAUACUAGAGACUGAUACAGAUAGAUAUUUAACACAUCAUAACUAAACAAUACACAAAUAAAGAACUCUGUUUCAGUGAUAUGAUUUUAUUUACAAAGUUUUUAAUUAAAUUAAUAAUUUUCAUAGAUUCAGAAUAUGACUUGUUAUAUUAACUCGAUAAAUUGUAGGUCCACUAAAAUAUUUACUGGGCCACCAAAAUUUUCCAGUCAGUG